AUGGAUCUUUUAAAUAAUUUCGAAUCAAUCCGUAUACCGUUUCCACCUACGAUUAAAGCUGAGGAUUUUCUUGACAAGCGUUUUUAUAGUGGCAGUACGAGAAAAGGUCCAAAUUCAUUUUUCGUCUAUAGAAAAGCAUUCGUUAGCCAUUUACAACUCUACAGCUAUAAACUCAAGAUGACGGUUGUUUCAUCUUUAGCCAGUAAAGCAUGGAAAAAAGAGUCGACAGAAGUUAAAAAUCAUUAUAAAAGUAUUUCCCGUAAAAUCGAGCGAUUAUUGGUCGAAUCUAGGCAAAGAGAAUUAAUUAACAGCUACAACAAUAAUCAUGGUUCACCAUUUUCGGUGUUUAAUGCUACUUCUCCAUCACCAAGUUAUCAACCUUUUCCUCAAAUUACUUCUAAUGCCACCAUUAGCAGUGGUGAUAAUAACAAUGACAACGGCUUUGUUAAUUAUGCUAAUAAUCACUAUUACGAUAACAACAACCAUACCAACAUCCCUGCUAAUACCAAUGUCACAUUGGAAAAUACAAAUCAAUCGAUAGGGUAUACUUUCGACAUGCCUUUAUUGGACACGCAAAUUCAACAUGCAUUGAAUUUUUCAAAUAUAUAUGGAUCAGACUUUUCAAAUAUUAGCAACGACAACAAUAACAACUACGAUAAUUCUCAGUCUGGAUAUGUUUUAUUAUUGGGUGAACCCCCUUAUUUUUAA